UGCCCCUGGCCUGGAACGCCCUCCCUCCUCACGUCAGCAACCUUAGCCGUAAAGAUGACUUCCAAACCUGCAAAUAAUGGGGCAGUUUUGACGCCACCCGGUAAUGGCGUAACUAUCAUCCAAAUGGGCUCUAAUGUGGCCCAAGGAAAUCAACAAGUGCCUCUGUAUUCCGGGAACCAGUUCCAAGGGGUUGUUCAGUUGGUGAACUCAAACCUAACGACAGGUGUAUUGAAAGAAUACGGCCAGGUAUUUGGGGCCAUCCAGAUCAUGAUUGGACUGAUACACAUCAUCUUUGGAGUCGCCUUAGGAACCGAGGUUACUGUGCGUUACCUCUCUUUGGCUUUUUAUGGAGCAUAUCCAUUCUGGGGAGGUCUUUCAUUUAUCAUUUCAGGUACCCUCUCCGUGUCCUCUCAGAGGAAUCCAACGAUUUGUCUGGUGAACGGCAGCGUGGGAAUGAACAUCCUCAGCGCCAUCUUUUCUGUAACCGGCAUCCUUUUGUUAAUCGCGGAGUUGUGCCUCAAUCAUCCCCGUUAUUUCACUGAGCAAGGGCAUUUAAAUCACCGCUCCGGAGCAGUGUUGUCAACAGGCCUGAUGCUCUUCUCUCUGCUGGAGUUCAGCAUCGCCUGUGUGGCCUCUCACUACGGCUGCCUGGUGGGCAGCUGCUGCGGCGGUGGGCAGGUGACGAUGAUUAUUCCAAAUGAUCCCACUGCCACUCCUAUGGUGGCCCCUGACCCCAUGCCCUCUGCACCAGAUUUUUCCAAUACAGUUGGCACCACAAGUAGUGGCCAUACCCUCAGAGCCUAGACCCGUCUGCGAGAUGCUGCGGCUCUCCGAGUUAUGGCCACCCGUCUCGUGCUGGCCCCUCGGGGACCGUUCCCUCCCAGGCCCGGAGCCUCCACUGAGGGGGAGCAACUCGGUCGCCUGGGUCCCCUCACGGGGCUCCCAGGCUACCCCCUGAGAGGAGGAGAGCGGUGAAAAGACUCUGACGGAGCCUUCCACCCCAAAUCUUCCCCGUUUCUCUUCCGCCAAUAAAGAAUUAAUCUGGAAAAGGA